AUGUCCGACUCUGGUGAAGAUGAGUUUAAUACUCUGAAGCCAAGUUUACGGCGCAUCAUCGACACGGCUUUUCUCAAGCUCUCAAAACAAGCCAGGAGCAAGGCAACUCGACCCCCUCAGAAAAAGCUACGACUGGAGGAACCUGAAAGUGAUGGGGAAGGAGGGGGGUUUGUCAAGGACGAUCAGGGAGAACGAGAAGCUAGUGAAGAAGAAGACCACGAUAGUAUCCCCCUUUCAAUGAUCCCUACAGGUCUUCAAAUGCUCGAUCUCCCACCGGAUGACGAAGAGGUAACCAUUCUACCCUCAGUCUUGUCUGUGUUUCGUAACGCCGCUACCGGAUGGGAGACUCGACCAGGGAUACGCCGUCGAAGGUCUGACUCAGAUGACGAGGGAGCAGUGGAUAAGGACGUUGGUCUUUCGGUUUCGUGGCCAGAUUGGAGGGAAGUCUGUGCGGUGCUAUUGAAUCGGAAGGAGGACAGCAAAGUGGAGGAAGAAACGUCAAGGAAAAAAAAGAACAAACCGGAACGUUUGCUCCAGUUGAAAAGUGAAGAGCAACGCGAUCGUCGGGUGACCAGAGGACAGGCUCGGGCCGCAGAAAAGCGGAGACGAGAAGAGGAGUCCGACGAAGAGGGCGGAUUCAUAAUCGAGGAUGAAAAUAAAGGAGGAAGGUUCGUUCCAGGAUCUGAUGACGAAUCUGGUGGAUCCCUCUAUGGGUCAGAUGAAGGGGCGGGGUAUGCACAUAGUGGAUCUGAUUCAGAUCGUUAUUCGGACAAUGACGACGACUCUUCGGCUUCUGAGUUCCGUGUUUCCGUGGCUCAGGCUAAAUCGACCCGUUCCAAGACCAAGAACGACGCUGACUCGGACGUGGAUAUCGACAUCGAUGGCAAUUGGGAUGAGGACAUGCCUCGAUCACUAACUGUUCGUCAGCUCCGAGAGGCCAAGCUUGCGUUUGCCCUCUUUUUUCCGGGCACGGAUGUCGCCGAUUCUCGUUUGAAUACAAAGAGAUUAGGGGUCAAAGAAGUUCGGGAGGCAGCGAAGACACUCAAAGAAAACCUGUCCUCCAAUGAUAUCAUAGAGAUGCUGGGUAUGUUCUCGUCGGCUCCUGACGGGUCGAUUGGAUUAGAAGAAUUCGGCCGGAUGGCAGUAAUGGCGCGGUUGAUUUAG